UCGCAGAAGGGUCAAAAACAUGUAGAGCAGAUCCAUCAGACCCUAAAAGUACCAGCAAAACCCCCAGACCCUCCUGUUUCCACCACUGAAGCCCCAACGACCACUGAAGCCCCAACGACCCCUGAAGCCCCAACGACCCCUGAAGCCCCAACGACCCCUGAAGCCCCAACGACCCCUGAAGCCCCCGCAACGGACGAGUUUCUGGGACCUGUUGAGUGUUUUGAGAAGAAAUUUACUCGAGGAUCUUGUUCGCUGGUCUUCUGUCCUCCGUGGGAGCGUUGCAUUGAAGGACACUGCUCCUGUAAACCUCCGUACCUGUGUCCGGCAGAGGACGUGUCUCCAGUUUGUGGACGGGACAACAGGAAGUACCGCUCCUUCUGCCAGGUCAUGGCCGCCUCGUGUCUUACCCAGAAAACCACCAUGUCCCACUUCGGAGAAAAUUGCGGAGCGGAGAAUCCAACAUUCAUGAGUUCAAUAGACUCUCUGACAGGAGGCGUUAAAGUCUUCCUUCCCAACGAUGAGUUCCCUUGGGCCGGACGGGAGUUAAUGGUUUGCAGCGAGACGUGGAACAUGGCGGCCGCUAACGUGGUCUGCAAGGAGCACGGAAACCGCCUGUGAGAAGAUUACAUCAUAUUAUAACUAACAAUACAAACCUGCAGGGGGGGAAGUAGCCGAGUACAAAUACUACGUUACUGUACUUAA